AGUAUUGUGAUGUCUAGACGAUGAAGCAGUACGUUUUGUUAGUGAUCUGGGUAUUUUUUGGAUAUUUGACUAUUGUAAAAGGAUAUAAGAAUUAUGGAGUGGAGGAUAUGUACUACUGGAAGGAUGUAUACUACGAGAACUUGCCCUAUGAAGAUGACACCUUGAUCGGAAAGUAUCCAUAUCACAUCCCUGCUAACAACGAUGUCGUCGGAAUUGGUUAUCAUGCAAAAAGUGGAUUAAUGCUGGCUACCGUUGGAAGAAUUCGAGCAGGAGUUCCAUCAACUCUCAAUGCUUUCUGUGUAGCUGACUAUGACAAAGAAAGUAGUCCUAAACUUUGGGGAUUUCCGAACUACAGAAGAAAUACUCUGAAAUCAUAUUUUUACGAAGGAUUUGACAAAUACCCCAGACAAUUGAACAGUGACUAUACAACAUACUCAGCUGGAUACUACAAUCAUUUUUUUGGAAGUGAUAAAAUUAAUUCCAUUGGACAGUAUUCAAUAAUUUCAGUAUACCAUCCAAAUAUUGAUGAUCAGUGCAAUCGUCUUUAUGUUGUGGAUACCGGUGUGCUUUCUUAUGGAGUCAGUGAAGUUUACAAUGUUCAAAAUCCUGCAAUUAUUGUUUUUGAUUUACCUUCAAAUGGAUGUCAGAGGAGACAAUUUCCAGUAAUUCGGAGAAAAGAGAUUCCUAGUAAUUUUUGGAAGAAUCCCGUAGGAUUCGUUUAUAUCGCAAUCGACCAUCAAGCAAAGAAAUCUUGCGAUGAUGUCUUCCUAUACAUUACGAAUACCUUCGACAGCAGCUUAACUGUUUACGACUAUAAGAAAGGAAACUUCUGGGCAUUUAACGAUCCCUCAAUGAGACCUAUUAUUUCCGAUGCGAAAAACGUUUUUAAUAAUUAUUUCAACUACGAAAUACGACUUGGAAUUAUGAAUGUAGCACUUGGAUGGGUAGAUAAUAGUGGGAAUAGGAACGCUUAUUUCGCACCUGGUUCAAGUACUUUAGAAUACAUCGUGUCAACUAAACUUCUAAAGAAUUCCAGGAAAACACCAUUUAAAUAUAAUCCUUUAGAAUUCUUCUUAAUCGGACACCGAGGAUGUAAUUCACAAGCCUUCAAGCAAGUCUUUGAUUCAGCGACUGGAAUAAUGUUCUUCGCAGAAUUGCAGUCAAAGAAGAUUCGAUGCUGGAAUACCCAACUACCCCUGAAUACUGAUACAAUCGCAACUGUUUUUGAAUCAGAAGCCCUUCAGUUCGUUUCCGAGAUCAACGUCGAUGAAGAUGGAUACCUCUGGUUCCAUUCUAGUCAUCUGCCCUUCACAUAUCUCAGUGAUAUUCCUCUUAAUAUGACUAAUUUUACACCCACAACAUUCCGUGUAAGGAUAUUUAAAGCCAUCAGAGGGACAGCUUGUGAAUAUCCAUAUUUUUAUAUUUGAGGAUAGGAUUUAUUUUUGUUUAUAUGCUUUGUGGAUUAUAAAAUAAAGACAUUAAAAGAAUGUUGGCAAACCAGA